AUGGCCAACAUGCUGCCUGCCUGCCUGCUCCUGGCCCUGCUGCUCCUGGCCCCAGCCCUGGCGACACAGCAGGAGCGAGGGCUCAUCUUCAACUUGGAGAUCGGGGAGCUGUGCCUGCAGAGUGCCCAGUGCAAGAGUGGCUGCUGCCACAGGGUCAAUGGCCUCAGCCUGGCCCGAUGUGCUUCAAAGGCAGCUGAGUUCCAGGAGUGCUCCCCAAAGAGCAUCUAUGGGGUCUAUUACAAGUGUCCCUGCGAGAGUGGCUUGACCUGUGAUGUCGAUAAAACCAUUGUGGGCUCCAUCACCAACAGCGACUUCGGUGUCUGCAAGGACCCCCAGGACUCCUACAGGCGGCGGUGA